AUGGCUCUCCUCACCAACAUCAUCAUCCUCCUGGUCCUCGCUUGUGUUUCCCAUCCGAUGAUAUUAGGCGCUUCUCCCAAAGGUCAUGGGCGGAGGGGACGAGGUGACAGAGGACAACACAAGGAAACAGGCCAAAAGCUCGGCCGCCAAUCAAAAUCUGUUUCUGCAUUUCGAGCAGUGGGCGACUGGGUCACCAGAGACAAGUCAGAGUGUACCUGGACUGCAACAGGUGAGGCCGUCGUCACUCUUAACAUCACCUGCAAGAACAGAGACAGGAGCUUCAGCUGCGAGUAUGCUGCCAGACCAUCCGUGUGUCCCCAGUAUGCCUCCAGUAAGGAACUCUUCUGGGCACAGAUCUCCAGGGCCCUGAAGAAGCAGAAGAACAUCUGUCAGGACCACGGUGGAUUGGUGCGGGCAGGUGUGUGCAAAAGAGCUGGCAGAGAGGCUCAUUUCAGACUCGGUGCUGCACCAAAAAUAAAGAGCGCCUCAUCUUCUAUUCCGCCGUUCACAACUAAAGCUGUCAAAUCCUGUCAGCCCGAUAACAGGAAGCUGGCAGAGCAGCUCUGCAGCCACUCCUGGUCCAGUUUCUGCACGUUCCUUUUCACCAUGGUGAAGGAUUCGGAUUGCUGAAGCAGGAAAAAUGAACUAAAUGGAAUAAAUUUAGCUUGUGCAGCCAUAUCACUUUCUGUCUUAGCAUAAACCCUCCAUUACAGAUUUCACUGUAUUCUGCUAUUUAAAC